AUGAAAAAAAUGUGUACAUCAAAACUACUGUCAAGAGACACAAAGAAAAAACUAUACAUAGCCUACUUACGCCCUAUUGUUAUGUACGGAUGUGAGACAUGGUCCACGACGCAGGGUGACAAGAAUAAACUAUUGACUUUUGAAAGGAAAAUACUUAGAAAAAUAUAUGGGCCUAUAUUAAACCCCAAUACUGGUGAAUACGAGCGAAGAAAAAACACUGACUUACACAGUCUGUUUAAUACAACCAAUUUAAAAGAUUUCCUGAAGUCGAAAAGAUUAGAGUGGGCUGGUCAUGUAUGGCGUGCAGAGGGUAGACUGAUAAGACAGGUACUAGUUAACAAAUCAAAUAAGAAACGUCCUGUGGGAAGACCAAGACAACGGUGGUUGGACCGAGUAAAGGACGACUUGAAGACAUUACGCAAUGGAGCAAGUAUUGAGGGUGCAGAGGAUCGGGAAGGUUGGGGAGCUUUGGUAGAAGCUGCAAAGCGCCUAAAUGGCACAUUUAAAUUAUACCAUGUGUCAAUAGCAAACUUCGAUCGCUAUAAAAAAGGAAAAACAGCAGGGAAAGAUGGCAUAUACACAGAGUUCCUUCAUCACCUGGGGUCCAAAACUAUUAUAUGGGUUACUGAUGUUCUCUUCCAAAUUUUCUGUUCGGGGAAAUCGCCUAAAUUAUGGAAAGAAUUGGUUGUAGUGGCGAUUCUCAAGUCAGACAAAUCCACUGACAGCCCGAAAAGCUAUCGACCCAUAUCUUUAUUAAGCUUAAUAUUAAAACUAAUGGAAAGAUUUAUCCUGAAACGAAUAUCACCCAUUAUCGAAAAGGCAAUACCCAGCUACCAGAGAGGUUCUAAGCACUCAAGAGAUUGCUGUGAACAAGUUGCAGCUCUGACAUCGCACAUAGAAAAAUGCUUUAAUGACUGCCGGAAAGCCGGAGCCGCUUUUUUAUUGACCUCAAUAUCGCCAUGGUAG